CAGAUUUUGACGCUAAAGAUCGUGCAGCCUGUAGAGGGAAGGUUGGCAUUUCAGAUCUGCGAAUUCCGUUGAUGUGGAAAAACUCCGAUCAUUUCAACAGCAAAGACAGAAGCAAACGUUACUCAGUUUUUUGCUUGUUCAAAAUAGGAGCUCAGGUGUAUGAUUCAGACUUGCUUAUUGUGGAUAAGGCAGCAACAGACAUAUGUUUAGAAAAUGCAAUAAUAUUCGAGGGAGCUGGGCCAGACUUCCAGCUGAAGGUGGAGGUGUAUAGUUGCUGCAGUGGGGAAGACCCCUUGACCCUCACCAACACCCCCAGGAAGCUGGUCAAGAAAUUGAAGACCUCCCUGGGGAAAAGCGCUGGGAAGAAAUUCAGCUCUGCUUUGGAUCAAAGUGACCUUGAGAAUCUCCUGCUCACCGAAACAGCCACACAGGGAGUGGAAUACAGCUUGCUGGCCUCAGCCUCCCUGAGCUUGGAGAACGCCAAGGAUGGCUUCAACGCCCACAGCCUGACACUCCUGGGAAACGAGGACUCUCCUUCUUGGCUUCCGCUGUAUGGCACCAUGUGUUGCCGCCUGGUUGCCCAGCCGGACUGCAUGACCCAGGAUGCCAUGUCUGGAUUUCUUCACGAACAGCCAUCGGGGGGUGUCCAGGGGGAGACCUGGAGGCAGCAAUACUGUGUGCUGAGAGGGGGGCAGCUGCUCGGCUUCUCUGCCCCUGAAGAGAGAGAGGCCGACGCGCAGCCAGCCUUGUCCAUUCCCAUCAACCGGGAAACUCGCAUUCGUCCUGUGGAGAAAGAGGCUGGGGGAAAGGCCAACCUUUUCUCCGUGAUCAACCCUGAGCCCGGCGAGGCCGCAGCUCGGAUUUUCCAAGCAGAAAGCCAGCAGGAUCUUGGCAAGUGGAUGGAAGCUUUCUCGCAGCACUUUUUGGAUUUCAGUCAGUGGAAGCACUGCUGCGAAGAGUUCAUGAGGAUGGAGUCGGGGUCCCCUCAAAAGCCACCCCUCUUCUUGGCCAAAGAAGCCACUUCGGUUUACCAAGAGCUGAGCAUUGAUUCACCGGUGAAGCCCGACCCUUUGGUUGCCAUGGCUCAGCAUGAGGAGGAGGAGGAGGAAAGCAGGGCGGCCUUGUUCAUUGGCCCGGAUGAGGGAGACGUGCCCGGUGGUUCUUCCCUGAAGCGGAGCAAGAGCAGCCCCCAAGGAAGCCGGGACGCCAAGGGAACAAGCAAAGGAAGGGAGCCCCCUCCCAGGUCCUGAUCUGGCUCUCCGCAGCACUGUGGCCAGAGGGAAGCCUCCAAAUCGCAACCUCCCGCACGCUGGCGCACU